AUACGAUUAGGUGGCUACAUAGAGCUGUCUGUUGUGAUUCGGAUAAUACGGAGUUUUCCGAUUAGUUUGUUUGAGAGGUGGCACGGCAAUUAAAAACAAUAUUGGAGAGCGUAGACAAGACAAGAGAGAUAAAGAAAGACAAACAGUCUUGUUGUUUUUGUCCGGAAACGAGAGAAGGUUUCAUGCAUCAUGGUAUGAAGGGAGCAGAGUGGAUGAUCAUGUCAUAAUGAUAUGAUUAUAUGAAAGAGAUUGAUCUGUGAUUUCAAACUUUUAACGAGCAAGGUUGCUGUCAGUAAAAAGAAAGACAAUAAUGGGGCAGAGGAUCACAGUAUCGGAGUUCGUGCAUUGUGGACAUGGAUGCAAAAAGUGAGAUACGUGUGCGUGCCCGGACAUUUUCGGCAGACAGUAUGACUGAAGAAAACAUACAUUUAUUACCUGCAAUGCCCUUGCCAAAUCCAGAAAUGGUUGUCUGUAGCUCGGAACCAAAACCGGCAAAACUAAGUUUGAUAAAAAUAUUUCUGUUAAAUGCGGUGGUAUGUGGCGUGGAAAUUUGUGCAUGUUCAGGAUUUACCUACAUUCCACCGAUGCUGCUCAAAUCUGGUUACACAGAGGAAAAUAUGAGUAUAAUCCUUGGUCUCGGACCUCUACUUGGUUUUAUACUUGUACCCAUUAUUGGACGCGCAAGUGAUCGCUGUAGGAGCAGGAUAGGAAGACGAAGACCUUUCAUUCUCGGCUUGUCGUCAUUGUUGAUUAUGUCGUUGUUAAUUAUACCAUAUAAUGAAAAGAUCUGUGAACUAAUAUUUGGAAUAGGUCCAGUUGCCAAAAGUUUUAGCCUUCUGUUGUUAACAUUAGGGGUAGUUCUGUUAGAUUUUACAAGUCAAGCGUGUUUGACUCCUUGUGAGGCAAUGCUGUCUGAUUCAUCGAAAGAAACUGACCAGCAAGAAAGGGUUUUCAUUGUAUACUCGCUGAUGGUUAGUCUAGGAGGAUUUUUAGGUUACUUGAUAACUGCAAUUGAUUGGAAAUCAACUACGAUUGGUAUUUAUUUUAAAACACAAGAAAGAACAGUAUUUUCAAUGCUAACAUCUUUGUUUAGUGUUCUGUUAUUAACUACAAUUUUAGCAGCCAAAGAGAAACCAUUAAUAUCCAGAGAUUAUGAGUUGAAUGUUCCUGUUGGAGAUACUAUGUUAGAAGUAAGUAGUACCGGUGGUGAAUCAGGUUACGACACAAAUGGGUCAGAAAAUGGACAUGUGGUGACUGAACUUGAGCUGCAAGAACAAAGUGAAAGAACAAAAUAUACUCCAAAACGAACAAUCAUUGGGAGAUUAUUAUCCCUACCAAGAUCAUGGUUGAGAUUUAUUUUGACGUUAAGAUUUUUGGGCGCUGCAUUGAACUUAUUGCGCCUAGUUUGGAUUAGUGUUUAUGAAAAGUUACCAGAACCGUUUCAGAAGCUCUGUGAUAUCCCUCAUGUUUUACGUCAUCUGGCGCUCGCUCAUUUUUGUAGCUGGACUGCAAUAAUGGGAUUUAACCUGUUCUUUACAGACUUUGUCGGAAAUGCUGUCUAUGAAGGAAACCCAAAUGCACCGGAAGAUUCGUACUUGCGGAACAGAUUUGACGAGGGUGUACGAAUGGGAAGCUGGGGACUUCUGUUUCACUGUAUAACAUCAGCAAUAUAUGCUCUAUUUGUUGAAAAAUUAGUGAGUCGUUUUGGCUGCAAGUUGACUUACACGUUCGGGAUGACGUCGUUCAUAUUCGCCAUGUUUGGAAUGGUUCUAGUCCAGAAUGUGAUAUUUGUGAAUUUAAUGGCGGGAGUCACAGGGUUUGCCUAUGCAACCGUUUUAACCAUUCCAUUCAUUCUGGUGUCAAAAUAUCACAGUGAGAAAGAGGUAUAUUUUCAUGAUGUGAUGCCCAAAGUUUCCAAGUCACCUGUAAUCCCUGCCCCCGUGCGAGGCAUAGCUACAGACAUUGCUACACUGGACAGCGCGUAUUUCCUCUCCCAAGUUGUACUGUCAUGUAUUAUGGGAUAUAUAGUGUACAUGACAGGUUCUGUUCUGUCAUAUAUGGUAACAGCAGGCGUGAUGGGAGUAUUGUCAUUGUAUUUCAUACAGAAUGUUGUUACAUGUGAACAAGAAAUGAUCGGUAGAAAACUGUCAAUACACAGUCAUAAUGGUGUUUUAUGAUAGAGGAUAGAAUUAUGCUGCAUGUAUGCUAUACUGAACUGCUCAUAAUGAAACCGCUUCAAAAUUACCGAGUCUGUACUUGACUAAUGUGCUGAGUAUAAAAUUUGCACUGGAAAUUGAAAUGUUAUUUUAUUGAGUUCUAAAGGUACAGAAAAAAUGCAAAAGUUAGUAACACUUGACACAUAUUGAGUAUUUGACAAUUUGUUUAUAAAGGUGAUAUACUGGUAAAAAUAACGGUGAUUUAUGACUGAUAAAAAUUUAUGCUCUCGGUAUGUGAUUCUUGCAUUCAAAAAGCCAUGUGUGCUUCUAAGAGAUGUAUUAAAGGCUGAAGAAUGUGAAAAUCUGAAAUGAGAAUACAGAAUCACAAGGACAUCGCCAGUUGUAACACCAUAUCCACUACCAAGGACUAUUUGCUGUGGUCUGUCAUAAAGACACUAUCAUUCUCUGUCUCAAAAAACUACCGGUAACUUAGAUGGUAGCUUUGUAUGUCAUGAACUGUUUUCUUAGGCUCACCUGACUACAAGGUGCUCAAGUUGAGCUGUUGUGAUCACUUAACAUGAUUCCCUGUAGCUGUCUGAUAACACUUUCUUCCACCUACACCAUCUCUGAAACUGUCUCAGGAGAGGUGAUGAAACUUAACAUACAUGUUACCCUUCAAAAAGGUUUCAAUUGUUUCAGCUCCUUUGGGCAGAGUUUUGCCAGAGCCAAGCACAAGGCAUGGUCACUUAUCCUAAUAUAUUGGUAAAUUGAGCAAUUUUUUCCUCAGAAUUUUUUUUUAAAAAUCACAGAAGUGUUCCUUGGUUGACCAAAAUUGUACAAGUCAACUUGAUUUGUCAAAAAAAACUUGCAAAAUAGAGGAUGUGUUUCUUUUUGUAUUGGUAGAAAAUUUGAAAAUCUUCUUUGAAACUGAUGACCAGAUUUCAGUAAAUUAAUUAGUUUUGCAGGAUGUUCCUUAGAUGAAUUUCUACCAAAGGUGUUCAGGCCCUUGAUGUUUUAAGAAAAGACGUGUUUACCAUGGGUGGAGCUUGUUUAUCAUGGGUGGAGCUUGUUUUUUUUAUAUGUAAAACCACCCCUCUGAUUUUAGAAUAAUUUUACUUAUUUUAAUUGACUCUUUACCAAAACUAUAUUCACAAAGUUAAUUUAUCACCGUGAUACCUGUGUCAGCUGUGAAACUCGGGUGAGCAACCUAGGGGUCUUGACUCUUGUUGAAAUACUUUCUGUUAAUGGUAUGUAUAUACCCAAAAUGGCAGCCAGUAUGGUAAAGGGGAAUACUAAAUGUGAGUUGUAAAAUAAAUCUGUAUCACUGAACUGUAGAUAACAUACUAUUUAUUAAGUCUUGUGCCAUUUCAUGUUAAUGAAUCUGUCUACAUUUUACAAGUUGAACAUUGAGUUAUAUUCAGUUGUCAGACACAUGCAAGGUUAGUAAUAUUUCAUGCUUAUAAGUGAUUACAAGAACAGUAAUUUGCAUGAACAUGAACCAGAUAAUCCACGUCCCAGAAAUAAAGGGGUGUAAGUGAAAAACUGCUUUUGAGAAAAUGGGGAAAAAAGUCUUAAUUUUUAAUCACAGAUUUCUCAAUUGUUUGUAUCCAUACUGUAACCUCAUAGCAAAAGGUCUUACCUAUUGUCACUUACUUAUGCAGCUGAUGAUAUUUUGAAAAAAUUGUUUAUAUGCCUUUUGACAGCCGUCAAUAUUGAAAGGUUGUAUCUGCUACUUACAACCUAUUAACUAUAUAAUUAUUGUAUCCAAAAUCGCGUGAUAUGCAGUCUUAAAGUAUAAGUGGAAGAUACAACCUUUUUCUUCAGUAAUUAUUUCUAAACUGUACUGAAAACUUGGUUGUAAGUAACAGAUAUCACCUUAAAUUAUUAAUAAAAUGUUAUUUUUGGCUCCACAGUUUGGUCACACAAUUAUGAUUCCAUGUUCAAGUUAUAGCCCUUUCAUUGCAGUUUCCAAAAAAUGUAUAGGUACAUCUCGUAAUAAUUUUUUAAUCAUCAGUGCAUUUGUUUUUCAUCUAGAACCAACUUUUUUUUUUUAAAUUUGGAUUUAAAAAAGCAGACAGUUUCAAAGUAUCUUCUCUCAUAAAUUUAGUAAUUUUUUGUGCUACUUUUUUGGCGUAGUGCAGUAAUAUUCUCAGUUUGGACAUAUUUGUAAAAUUAACUAUAAUAAUAAUAAUAAUAAUAAUAACAACUUUAUUUAUAGUGGAUAACAUAUUUGGCCAAGCCACUAGAUAGACUGAUAAUCUAGAUUCUGGGCACAACCACAAAAAUGAAUCCCCCUGUAAAUAUUAAUGAUUUCAUGGUGUAUGUAAACUUAUAGCAUAAUUAUGUGAGUAGUAAAUUGACUGAAUUGUAAAAGGUUGUUCCAUGUUCAGUAUUUCUCACACAAAAGAAAAUCAUGUUUGAACAUAAAAAGAAAUGAAAGUUGGAUCAGGUGUUAAUAUUAGUAAUAGUCUUUGAAAUUGGUGUUAGUGUUAAAUUCAUUUUAUUUGAGAUUUGUAUGUUUUCUUACAUUAACUGAAUGCUUUAUGAUAUUUAUAACUGAAAUCUUUUAACUAUAUCAAAGUUUAACACAGUGUUUGAUUUUACCCACUUGUUUUCUUCUUUUAUUUUAUUUUAUGGGACCAAAGCUUUUAAAGCCCUGCAUUGUUAAAUUUUGAUGAACUUUUAUUUUAUUUAUUUAUUUCUUGGUUAAAGAAACUCCUGUUUUACCUGGUCACAUGUUCAGUGUUUAAAACAUGUUUGUUUCCAAAAAUGUCAUUGUCAGUCAGUAUGGAUAUAUAAAUUCAGUCUUUUAAUAUGUAUAAAGCAAAUCAAAAUUUGACUUAUUUUUUGGUUGAGUUUUUGUGACUAUCUCAGCCAGCAAAUUUUAUUAUAUAAUCUUUUAAAGGUGACAAAUAGCAGUAGUUGAACAGUUAUAAAUUAUUUGUUCACCUGAGCUUUUCCCAUCAGUCAUUUACCAUCAUCUGUUGUCUAUCAUCAAAUGCUUGAAAUGACAUCUCAACCAGUCUCAACACAAGGAAUUUUGCUGUUGUGGACCUCUUUCAAAAAGAAAUCCAUUCCAUGCUGAACUCUGGUUGUCAUGGCAAUGGGAAAAACUGCUAAACUGACUACCUUAAAAAGUAAUAAUUUACAAAUAUUUUGCUUCGUAAAAAAGUAUCAUGGUUAUUGUUGGGGUGUAAAUAUCUGGUCAACAACAAUGUUUUUAGUCUAAAUCAAUAUAAAUAGUACCUGAUUUUAUGAAAGAAGAAACUUUUAGACAUUGUCAAGGGGUUUUGAAACGGAUCCUUCAAAAUUUGUUCUUGUGGCAUUCGAAGACAAGUUAGAAAUGCAUACAUGUAUAUCACGUAGAUCUUGACCUAAAGUGUUAUAAGCUUGUAAACCAAAGCUCUGUAUUACUGAUUAUCUAUUUUACAUUUUCAUUAUAUCCAUCUGUAGACUUGACUUUUUGUUUUUAAUUAUAUGUUUAAAUAUGUCACUAAAUUUCUUGAUUGCAUUCCAUAGGCAGUACAAGAGAACAAUUAUCUUCACAGGGCUUUGUAGUAGCAGAAGAAAGUGCUGUUUAAUUCAUUAAUGCUGGUAUGUGUUUCUAGGGAAAACUGAACAAACACUGUUCGUGUACAGUAACACAAAUUGCUUGAGAUCACAUGUUGGUAGGCAAAUUACUCACAUGAAUUGCUCAAGUGAAUCAAGAUGCUUGAGCACUGGAUGCCCUAACAAACCAAGACACGUGAACAAUCAGUGCUCGUGGGAGUCAAGCUACAAGAAUGAAUCGUGUUUCUCUGUAAACAGAGAAGUAGAUGAAUCAUUUGCUUUCAUUUAUGUUAUUUACUUGUUGUUGUAUUGUUGUAAUUUAUUCUCUUUCCUUUAGAUGGCACAAAAAUGUACUCAUUUGAUAUCAGAUUGGAUGUUUAUUUGCAUGUAAAGUAAAAUGAUAAAUGUUAAUAUUAACAUUUCUAGUAAAGACACAGUAUCACUGUUAGAAGUAACAGACUUUUGCAGAUUUUAUUUGUGAACAACUGACCAAAAUUGUUUAUUUACUAUCAAAAGAAAGAUUGUGUUUGCAGUAAACAUGUCAUAAACAAAACAAAACCCGUUAAGAAUACUGUAAGAGCUGGAGGGGUGACCUGCUUUAACAUGAUUUUUCUCCACAUUUCAGAAGAAAAAACAUGAUGUGUGGCACACCAAAAUGAAGAUGAAAGAUUGAACCAUAACACGGCACUAUUUUAAUAACAUUUUAUGCAUCAUGAUUUUUUUAGACAGCAUUUACUUCUCGGCAUUUAAAUAUACACAUAGGGGUACCUUGAAAUCUUAAAUGUAUGCAUGGAAAAAGCUACGGAACUCAGUAAAUGAAAAUGUACAAAUUAUUUUUAGUAUUAUUUUCUUAUUGCCAUGCUUCAAAGAAUGAGAAGACAUAGAUAUUAAUUUUACAAGAUGUCUUUAUUGAUUAUAUACAUUUUUUUCUGCAGGGAACUGACAAGCCAUAUGAACAAAUAUAUUGAUCAAGUUGUUUAUACAUAGUAGGAUCCAAAGUGACCUCAUCCAUAUGCAUGGUUCUUUAAGGGCAAAACAACAGUAUUGUAAUAGAAGGAUUAGUGAGGUUUGUUGCAGUGUACAUUGUUUAGACACCUCUGAAUGGUGUAAAUAUAGUCAUCUUGUCAUGUGCAUAACCUUUAUAGGAAAGGUCACUUUAAUUGGUUGUACAGUUUUUGCUUAACAUUAGGUUUGUAUAAUUUCAGUAUUCUCUCUUUCUGAAAUCCUUUUUAUUUCAGCCUAUGUUGGCCAGUCAGACAAUGACUAUUUAUACGAGGAGUGAUCCAUAAUUAUGUAAUCUUUCAUUUUAACUCUAAAACAAGAAGAGAUAUAAUAAAGUUUCAUUUCUAAAAUACGCAGUAUAUUAACCCCAUUUAUGUGUGAAAUUUGAAUUUGUACGCCAAAUAUUGCAAUGUAAUAAAGGUAAGGUUGGAAACCUGGGACAAGUGUCAUAGCGAAGUUGCAAUUUCUUUCUCAAGUUUAAAAUACUAGAAUAAGGUAUGUUAUAAUGAGUCAUUAUAAGACAAUAUUACAAAUGUUGAUCACAUUUUUAGCUCACCUGUCACGUAGUGAUAGGGUGAGCUUUUUUGAUCGCCCAUCAUCCGUCCAUUCACAAUUUCCUUGUGAACACGAUAGAGACCACAUUUUGUAUUUGAUUUUAAUUAAAAUUGCACACAGCUUGUAUGGGCAUGAUAUCUCGGUUCCUUUCGAAAACUGGCCAGAUCCCAUCAUGGGUUCCAGAGUUAUGGCCCCUAAAAGGGCCAGAAUUUGCCAUUUUUGGCUUGCGAACACGAGAGACCACAUUUUGUGAUCAGCUUUAAUAAAACUUGCACACAAAUUGUAUUGGCAUAAUAUCUUGGUUCCUUUUGAAAACUGGCCAGAUCCCUUCAUGGGUUGCAGAGUUAUGGCCCCUUAAAGGGCCAAAAUUUGCUAUUUUUGGCUUGUGAACAGGAUAGAGACCACAUUUUGCAAUCAACUUUAAUCAAACUUGCACACAACUUGUAUUUGCAUUAUAUCUUGGUUCCUUUCGAAAACUGGCCAGAUCCUGUCAUGGGUUGCAGAGUUAUGGCCCUAGGGCCAAAAUUUGCUAUUUUUAGCUUUUGCAGCCAUAUAGAGACUUCAUUUAUGGUUUGAUUUGAUACAAACUGCAAAAUAUCUUCAACAACAAUAAAUCUUGGAUUCCAUGAUGAUACUGUCAGAUCCGAUCAUAAGUUCCAAAGUUACGGCCCCUGAUUUACCCCUGAAAGAGCCAAAAUUUAUUCAAAGUUUCCAGCUGACAUAUUUUGUGUAUCACUUGAUGUACCAUGUCCUCCUUCUUGUAUCAUAAUUCUACUUAAAAACUGGUAUUUUGGAGAAAUAUUGUAUCCAUAUUAUAUUUGCAAUCAUUUUUCAGUCCGUGUGGUGAAUAGCUGAUAUUUAAACUGAAAAAAAAAAAUUUCUAAGUUCUUGAUAAGCAGACAUGUUGUGACGUUAGAAAGACGCACACAGUAAUAAACAUCACAUUGUGACAUAUAAUACCGGUAUGGGUUCUAUGGGGCCUCAAAUAGGGUCACAAAAAGAGGUUAUUUUUCCCUUGAGGUAAACCAGUAGCCGGAAAAAAUCUUUUGACGAUGGUUUAAUGUUAUUUUGAUAUAGAGAUAAGUAAUUAAACUAUUUUUACACAUUUCUUCAUCAUUAAUCUCUCCAACAAUGCAAUGAAAACUAACCUGACUUUCAAUAACGGCUACAAAAGCAAAGAGAGGCUAACUCUCAAAAACUUGAAUUUCGUCUUACACACAAAUUGUUGAUAAUUCAAGUAGAUAUAGAAUGAAUUGUUGUAGACAUGAAAAACAAACAUCCAAAGGAUCAAGAUGAAACAGCUGUGUGAAUAACACCAAAAUAGAGCGGUUAUUACAUGUGUCCGGAAACUGGUCCUGUCAGGAUACUGGUUCCCAACCAGUAUAUGCAAUUGAAUUUUGAUUUACUCCGCUUCAGCAUUCAUUUUUUACUACGUUGGCCAGAAAUUAAGUAUUUGGACAGCAAUUUUUUUUUGGGGGGGGGGGGGGGGGGGGGGGGGGAAG